AUGUCGCGCGCGCGGUCGCGCGGUCGACGCGCGCUCGCGCUCGCGCUCGCGUGCGCGUGCGCGUGCCUCGCGUCGCGCGUCGCGCGCGCGCGCGCGUUCGACGACGCGUGGUUGGACGCGGUGGAGGACGACGUCGUCGACGAGCCGCGGGGCGAUUUUGAAUUCGAAGGCGCGACGCACGACGCGGCGACGACGCUCGAGGACGAGGACGACGACGCGCGCGACGCGUUCGAGGACGACGCGGCGGCGGUGAUGCGGGAGCUCGCGGCGGCGGCGGCGGCGGCGGACGCGCUCGAGGACGAGGACGAGGGAAGGGAAGGCGCCGCGGUCGAGAGCGACGGCGCGACGGAGGUCGAGGACGCGGACGCGAGUGAAGACGCGCCCGAGGCGGCGGCGGCGGCGGCGGCGGACGAUUCGAACGACGUCGAAGCCUCGGCGGUGGAUUGGGUCGAAACGAUCGAAACGGUCGAAACGGUCGAGGAAGAGGAAACGCCCGCGGCGGCGGUUGAAGUCGUCGAGACCGCGGACGAAGACGCGUCCGUCGAGGACUGGGCCGCGGCGGCGCCCACGGCGGCGUCCACGGCGGAGCCGACGGAGGCCGAGCCGACGGACGAGACCGCCGCCGACGUCGAAGGUGCGAUGGAACUCGUCGAAGACGCCGACGAAGACGCGGACGAUAGCAAUGAAGGUUUCAUCGGAGGUUUAUUUUCACGCUUCGGUGGGAAGAAGGACGCGCGCAAAGUCGAAGUCGAGGAGGAAGCGCGAGACGAAGCGAUCGACAUCGCCGAAGCCGUCGACGAACUCCCACCGGUGCCUGACGUUCGCGAACCAGAACCGGAACCGUCGCCCGAGCCGCGUGCGAUCGAACCGGUCGUGGAAUCAGAACCAGAGCCCGAACGAAUCGCCGAACUGGAGCCUGAACCCGUCGUCCAAGUAGAAGUCGCGCCGCCGAAAUCCGAAGAACGCGAAGACACCGAACGUCGUCGCUUGCUCGAAGCGCCUCAGGCGCAACAGCAACAGAUCGAAGAGCCGCCCCCGCCGAAACCGGAAAUCGUGUAUGUGGGCGGGUACUACAAGAGGAGUAAUCCUUGGGCAAAAGGUCCGCGCGUAAAAGUCGUCGACUAACGUCGAGUUUACAUC